GCUGUCAGUUACUUUUAUUUUGGAAAAUGGCUGACUUUUAAAGAAAUCACAAAAAGUACUACCGUUCAGCGUUGUACAUUCAGUCAUAUGAGCCAAAUUUGUAGAAAAAUCGUCUAAAAAGUGUGAGUAAUUAAAAUAUCAUUACGAUAGUAUUUCUACACUUUAUUUUAAUAAACAAUAAACGAAAAUGGCGGAUGAGUUACAAAACUACAAACUGCAACUGCAACAAGUAGAAGCAGCCCUAGUUAGCGAUCCUCAAAACAAAGAACUGCAGAAACUAAAGGUCGAUUUAGACGAAGUGAUCGAACUAACUCUAGAUCUAAAGACUAAAGCCGAAGAGGCAGCUAAUCAGCCGGAGUAUCACGAGAUCGCGACCAACCUCCAAGAGGAAGAUGAGGUUACUCGUUCACUUUUGGCGGUCGAGCAAUUCGUGGCCAAGAAUAAGAAAAAGAAGAUGUGGCGUAUCGGGGACAAGUGUAUGGCCAAGUGGAACGAUAACUUACAAUAUUACGAGGCGCGUAUUGACGCCAUUAAUCCAGACGGUCAGGUAAAUGUUACUUUUGAGGCUUACAAAAAUCGAGGCGUAACGACCUUAGCUGAAUUACGAGAGUUCACAGGUCAAAAACGUAUACUGACGGAAGCGGAGAAAUUGAAACGUGCCAAAAUGAACAACAGGGAGUACUUGAAGCGCAAGAAGGCGAAGAAGAUGCAACGGUUCAAGGAGCUGGAGGAGGAGCGCGAGUGCGAGAAAAAGAAGUGGCUUGCGUUUACCACCAAGGCGAGUAAAAAUAAAAAGGUCGGUGUCACGAAUAAGAGCAUAUUCGCGUCGCCCGAUUCCGUUAACGGACGAGUCGGCAUCGGGACUUGCGGUAUUAGUGGAAAGCCGAUGACCGAAUUUGCGACGGCCAGUAAAAUGCAGAGGGGUGCAUAAGAACGAGACACUCUAUGAUAAUUAGCUCCGAUAUUAACUAUAUCUUAAUAAGAACGUGAUGUAUAUAUUUAUAAGAAGUCCUUAGCCGUAUUAAGAUUAAGAUUUUUGUUUUUGUAUAGAAAAUAAAUUUAAAAAAAAUAAAACAGUUUAUUAAUGCUG